AUGUCGUCGAUUGACAACAAAAAGUCCCCUGGGGACAUCAACACCAUCACUGUCGUCCGUGGCGCGGAGGCUGAGAUGACCACCGUCAAAAGCCACGAUGUCGGUCACACGACCGAAUCCACCUUUAGCAGAGUCUCAGUCUGGCUCAUGCUCAUCUUCAUGUCCAUCGCUACAGCCUCAGAUGGCUAUAACGCCGCUGUGAUUGGCAACAUCUCUCUACUCUUUGACGUCCUGUACCCGGGUGCCUUGACCUCAACCAUGUACUCUCGCCUAUCAAACGCUUUCCUGAUUGGCAUGAUCCUCGGCAUGGUCGCCUUUGGCUACAUCGCCGACCAGUUUGGCCGCAAGACUGGGGCUGUCAUGACAACUAUUAUCCUGACCGUCGGUGUGAUAAUCAGUGCAGCCGCAAGCGGCAAAACGGAGACGGGCAUGCUGUGGAUGCUGGUCGUCGGACGAGGCAUCGCCGGAGUUGGUGCCGGCGGCGAGUACCCAGUCACAGGCGCUGGUGCCAUGGAGGCCACAGAUGAAUCAAGUGGAUUCCGCAAGCGUCGAGGCUUCGUCUUCGCCAUUAUGAGCGAGGUCGCAGCCUCGCUGGGCUAUUGCUUCGGAGCCCUCGUGCCCCUUAUCCUCCUCCUGUGCGUCAAUCAGCGCGAGAACCGAUACGAACUUGUCUGGCGGUUGGCCUUUGGCCUUGGCAUGGUCCCUCCCCUGGUUAUCUUCUGGUUCCGUCUCAGGAUUGCCGUGUCAACCGCCUUCCGCAAGUCCGCCCUUCGGAAGCAGAAGCAGCCAUACUUGCUUAUGGUCAAGAAGUAUUGGCGUCGACUCCUCGCCGCCGGAUGGACUUGGUUCAUCUACAACUGGAUCUCCAUUCCAUUCGGUGUCUUCAGCUCAACUGUCGUGUCCAGAGCGAAUGCGUCCGAGUCCAUGAUCAAGACCCUCGGCUGGGGUGUCAUAAUCAAUAGCUUCUAUCUCCCUGGCCCGUUCCUUGGUGGAUGGCUGGCCGACAAGAUCGGCAGGAGACAGACCAUGACUCUGGGAUUUGUUCUCCAGGCUGUGCUCGGAUUUAUUCUUGGAGGAGCCUAUGACAAGAUUCAGUCCAUCUUUCCCCUGUUCGUCGUCAUGUACGGCAUCUUCCUUACUCUAGGAGAAGUUGGCCCUGGAAGCACCAUUGCUCUCAUCUCGGCUGAGCCAUUCCCAACCUCAAUUCGUGGCCAGUGCAACGGUCUGAUCUCAGCCUUUGCUAAAGUCGGUGCCACCGCCGGCACAGAGGUCUUUGCCGCCAUUCUUACCAACUACAAACACAGAGAGGAGAGAGGAAACCAGACUGUCUUCAUGAUCGGCUCGGCGUUUGCUCUCCUUGGCGCAGUCCUCGCCUGGUUCCUGCUCGAAGACGUUAGCCUUAACCUAGAUGAUGAAGACGAGGAGUGGAAGCGCUACCUCGCCGCUCACGGUUGGGAGGGGACUUGGGGAGACAAUGAGACGCAGGACCCGCGUAGGGCGGUGCAGUAG